AUGACUUCUGUAGGCGAGGCUGAGCUGCCUAUUGCCUCUGACAGUGAUGCAAAGGAUGAAGCUGUCGAAGAAGUCGAGGUCGAUGUCUCUCCAACUAAGGACUUUGGAUUGGUUAAACAGUGCAAAAGUGUCGAACACAUCUCUCUUGAGUAUCUAGCAGACAAUGCACAUCUUAAAAUUCUCGUGCCUUCAGUGGCUGCGGGCGCGAUUAUUGGUAAAAACGGGGAAGCUAUCACGAACAUCCAAAAUUGUACCGGCGCUAAAGUCAAAAUGUCCAAAGCUAACGAUUUCUAUCCAGGAACUAAUGAACGAGUAUGUUUAAUCAUCGGGACUACGGCUGCCAUCACUGAAGUCUACGAUUACAUCUCUGAAAAGAUCUACGAGAAACCCGAAACGGUUUCUCGCGUGGUUGCAGAUGGUAGAGUUCCAUAUGAACGACACAAGCAGGUGAAAAUACUAGUGCCCAACAGCACUGCUGGAAUGAUUAUUGGUAAAGGUGGGAGUUUUAUAAAGGAAAUCAAGAGCAAGACUGGUGCUUUCAUUCAGGUUUCUCAAAAAUCUAGAGAAAUGAGCCUUGCCGAGCGAUGCAUUACUGUUGGAGGUGAAUUGAAUCAAACUCGCGAAACGAUGCGGCUUCUACUUACAAAGAUUGCCGAAGACCCUUUAUCAUCAAGUUGUCCGAACAUCUCCUACAUAGACGUUACUGGUCCUGUGGCCAGUGCCUACCCCACGGGUUCCCCCUAUGCACUCUUUAGUGCUCCUCCUGCUGGUCCGCCUCACCACCAUCCUCCCACUACUUCGGGUCUUUCCCCCUGCUCUCCUCCAGGCAGGUGUUUUAUGCACCCCCUGCAGCAGCAACAACAUCAUCACAGUGGCGGCGGCACUGCUAGUUGUGGUGGUCCCCUCUCUUCUCCCACCGCGUCCAAUGGGAGAGUAGAGGCAAGCGCUGCUGGCAGUCGUCGAGUUCUAAACGGACGCGGAACAGCACCUCAGAGCCUUCUUGGCGCAGCCUCACUUCCUCAUGGUGGAAGCGCGGGUGGAGCCAAUCUUUGGUCGUCACCCACGUCACCUCCCUUCCCCAUCAGCUUGGAUGUUGUGCGAGGCCUUCUCCAUUCAACUGGAUAUACCGAGGACGCGAUGGAGGAGAUCACUCAUGCAAUGCGUGUGUUAAAUGUUUACGGUCUUCUUUCAUUAACGAGUUUGGCGUCUUGGGUUGGGUUUGGGAGUGGUAGUGGAGGUGGAGGCAGCGCAUCGAGGCCAGGAGUGUCAUCGCAGGUGACAACGGUCCCACCUUCGACACAACCACCACAAGAAACAACCACUUCUUUAUCAUCCCCAUUUGCAUCUCCCACCUUCCAACCUGCUCCUCCGUCCGCACAGCAGCAGCCGCAGCAGCCGCAAUCAAAGCAACAACAGCCUUCUUCACCAGUUGAUACCUUCUACCGGCCUCAUGAUAACGGAAGCGGGCCAAGCGCUACAACCAACACGGAUAAUAGCUCUCGAUAG